UGAUUUUCUCUUCUGGCCAGGUAACCAUUAUGAUGAGGUGAUACUGUGUAGAAUUCAAAUGAUUAUUAACACAUAAAUGUACAGCUGUGCAUCAUCUGCAUAGAAACUAAAUGUGGGUUUUACACAACAAUUCAGUACAGUACAGUACUCAGUACUCAGUACAGUACUCAAUACUCAGUACAGUACUCAGUACUCAGUGAUAGGUCGACCCUACUGUGAUAGAUAAAUCUGUGCUUUUUGGCUUCCAUUUUACGGAAGGAUCUCUAGCAACAUCUAGUGGUUACAUUUCCCAACUCACCAUUCCUACCGCUGCAUAGACCUGUAGUUUUAAAGGUCAGUGUCAAUAGAAGACGAUGACGUCAAUAGAAGACGAUGACGUCAAAACCAGCACAGGGUUGAAGGACAACAUCCAACGAGAACAAAGAUUUGAACUAUAAUCCUUUAAAAAUGUACAGAAAUACCUUGACGGAUCCUGGUGACUGACAGCGUGGGUAAAGUUAUCGCUGUACUGUCUUCAACUUUAACUCAAUUUCCCAGGAUCCAGCGCUUGCGACGAAAACAGUGACGUAAUUUUUAGUCGACAGCCAAACGUCUAAACUGAACCAACAUGCUAAGACCGGAGUCACGACCGCAGCGGGCGCUGUUGCUGCUGAAGAACGUAGGUCUUAGUUCAACAUGACCGUCCCGGCUCUGCACAACACUGGAGUUCUUUACCGGAGGAUUCUCUCUCACUUCCCUCAGGACAUCACUUUAGCUUUUGCCUACGGAUCUGGUGUUUUCAAACAUCACGGGAGCAGCCAAGGACAAAUGGAGAAAAACAUGCUGGACUUUGUGUUUGCGGUGGAUGAUCCUGUGACCUGGCACACCAUGAAUCUGCUCCAGAACCGGAAACACUACUCCAUCCUCAAGCUGCUGGGUCCUAAGACGAUCAGCUCCAUACAGAGUGACCACGGGGCGGCAGUAUAUUAUAACACAUUGGUGCCUGUGGAUGGCAGGACUAUUAAAUAUGGUGUGAUCAGUACACAGUCGUUGAUGGAUGACCUCAUGCACUGGAACACUCUGUAUGUUGCAGGGCGUCUUCACAAACCAGUGAAAAUGCUUGUGCAGAGUGAGAAUGGAAGUUUGCGGGCAGCUUUAGUGUCCAACCUGAAAAGUGCCGUCACGGCCUCCUUCCUCAUGUUGCCAGAGAGCUUCACUGAAGAAGAGCUUUUCCUGCAGAUAGCUGGCCUCUCUUAUGCUGGGGAUUUUCGGAUGGUGUUUGGAGAAGACAGAUCCAAAGUGUCUAAUAUUGUCAGAGACAACAUGCAGCACUUUAAAACUCUGUACAGUAACAUCCUGCACGACUGCCCCCUGGUGGUCUACAAAUCACAGCAAGCAAAACUGGAGGUGGACAAAAGUCCAGAAGGCCAGUUUGUCCAACUGAUGACUCUGCCACGUACUCUGCAGCAAAGCAUUACCAGGCUGGUCGACCCCCCAGGCAAGAACAGAGAUGUGGAGGAGAUCCUGCUGCAGGUGGCUCAGGACCCAGACUGUGGCGCUGUCGUGCAGCAAGGUAUCUCCUCUAUUGUAAAGUCCUCCAGUAUAACACAGAGUGUGAAAGGCAUCGCUACAGCAGGUUUGUGGAAAACAGUGUCAUACAGCUCCAAAAAACUAUUUAAAAUGUGGAAAGGCUGGAGGAGGAAGCCAUGGGUGUCCCACACCUGAACCUCACCUCCUUUACUGGGAGGAGGAGGAGGAAGAAGAAGAAGAAGACCCCAGAAUCUUUGACUUUCACCAUGACCGUGUCAUCAGUGUCAACAGGAGACAUUAAGUGGUGGAAGAUGUCCCAGGCUGCUGCUGGGCUGGGCGGGGGCAGGAGGGGGAGGGCAUCUGACAUUUUAUCAUUGACACUGAGUCAUGGCUGACAUUCUAGAAUAAUGCAGUACAGACCACACACACACACACACACGACGUGGUUCUGCUGAAUGGACACAACUGUUUUUAAUGGAGUGUGACAAUAACUUAUUCUGGUUAGUUCUCUUUGGAGAUUUCUAAAAAAAAAA